CCCGACCAUGUUAGGAAAGCUAUAUAGGGUACGUAGGUAGUUUAUUUGUAAAUAGAGUGUCGAUGGUCCAAAGGAAGAUAGGUGGCGGAAAUGUGCCAAUGGGGUUGCGAACCGCCGUAAAACAGCAAGAAGAACAAGAAGAAGCCUCGUCCCGCGCACACUUCCGUUCCGUGUCUGAAGUCCCCCCGCUGUGAAAUGGGUUUGCUGCAGCUGGACUGUUGAUUAUGUUGGCCCAUACGUGUUAGGGGCUUUUCUGUGUUUUGAAAGAGAGUAAUACUUGUUCACGGUUCUUGUGAGUUCGGUCCAGAUUUUGAAAGACUCCCUCGAACUCUUCUUUCAUCCGUGAUUGUUGAUUUAGAAACUCCAGCAGCAUCUCCAGUGUUAGCAGCGGCACCAUAAGGCUAAAAGUACCGGGUAACUCCCUGGCGACUCUCAUCUACGGGUCACCACACACUGAGAUGUGAGAGUUGCCUGCAUUGCCCAGAAACACCACCUGUAUUCAAACUCAGCGAGUCGGAUUCGGAAGGAUUUUCAUAUUCAUACGUGCUUUUCUUUCACUUAACCUCUUUGUAUUGUAUCAUGGGGGCUUACUUGUCGCAACCCAACACGGAGAAGAGCACGGCCGACGGCGGGAAUAAAAACAUGAGCUAUGGCUUCGCGGCCAUGCAGGGCUGGAGAGUGUCAAUGGAGGACGCCCACAAUUGCAUCUCGGAGUUGGAUAAUGAGACUGCUAUGUUUGCCGUUUAUGAUGGCCAUGGGGGUGAAGAGGUUGCUUUGUAUUGCUCCAAAUACUUGCCAGACAUUAUUAAAGAGCAGAACACAUAUAAGGAUGGCAAGCUGCAAAAGGCUCUGGAGGAUGCAUUCCUGGCUAUAGAUGGCCGAAUCACCACACAAGAAGUCAUCAAGGAGCUGGUUCAGAUCGCUGGACGUCCUCUGGAAGAAACUGAGAAAGUAGCGGAUGAAGAUGAUGUUGAUAAUGAAGAAGCAGCUCUACUGCAUGAAGAGGCCACCAUGACAAUAGAGGAGCUGCUCAUCCGCUACGGACAGAAACUGAACAAAAAUGCCAAAAAGCCAUGUCAGGGUGCCUCUAAAGACUCUGAGGAUGGGGAGAAGUCUCACACAGAGACUGGAAUCAAUGGUGAGACUGAAUGUGGGGCUUCUGCAGACAGCAAUGAGAAGGCAGGAGGUGCUGGAGGUGUGACUGAGGGUUUGAAGAUGAGGUCCUGCAGAAGAGCAGCAGCCUCCAGUGGUGGAAGUGGCUCUGCUUCUAAAGGCUCUACUGGGGAUGCUGGACCUUCCUGCUCCUCUUCUGAAGCCCCUGUUCCUGGAAGUACCAAAUCCAAGUUUUUUGAGGACAGUGAUGAGUCCGAGGAGGGAGAAGAUGAAGAGGAGGAGGGUAGCGAUGGAGAGGACUGCAGUGAGGAAGAGGAUGGUGAAAACAGCAGUGAGAAUGAUGAAGAGGAUGACACAGAAGAGGGGGAGGAAGAAGACACUGAUGAAGAGGAGGAAAUGUGCCUACCUGGCAUGGAUGGAAAAGAAGAGCCAGGUUCAGACAGCGGGACCACAGCUGUGGUUGCUCUCAUCCGGGGGAAGCAGCUCAUCGUGGCCAAUGCUGGAGAUUCCAGGUGUGUGGUGUCUGAGAAGGGGAAGGCGGUUGACAUGUCCUAUGACCACAAACCGGAGGACGAGCUGGAGCUGGCCAGAAUAAAGAAUGCUGGGGGGAAGGUUACGAUGGAUGGGCGCGUCAACGGAGGCCUGAACCUCUCCAGAGCUAUCGGCGAUCACUUUUAUAAAAGAAACAAGGCACUUCCCCCAGAGGAACAGAUGAUUUCUGCUUUACCUGAUGUUAAAGUGCUGACACUAAAUGAAGACCAUGAGUUUAUGGUUAUUGCCUGUGAUGGCAUCUGGAAUGUAAUGAGCAGUCAGGAAGUGGUGGACUUUGUAAAUGAGAGACUCAAAACGGACAGUGCUGAAAACAGACCCUUGUCUGCCAUUACUGAGGAACUGCUGGACCACUGCUUGGCACCAGACACAUCAGGGGAUGGCACAGGAUGUGACAACAUGACCUGUAUAAUUAUCACCUUAUCUCCACACCUUGGGAGCGAUUUGGCCAGGGGCACAAAGAAGCGAAAGGCAGGCGAAACAGUUGUGGAGGAGAACAGCAGCGACAGCAAAAAAGCCAAAACUGAAUAGAUUGGCUGUCGUUGAAUGUGCUGAGUAUUUUGAGGACACUUUCUUUUUUAAUUCAGACCACAUGGGAAAAUUUUAAGGAUAGCUCCUUGAGAAAGAGCGUUUUUAGUUUUAAACAAUUCAAAGAUACAUCUAGAGCUUUUAAGCAGCCAUUCUGUUCUUCGAUGUAGUUGUAUUUUUUUCAGCAGGCCCAUAAAUGUCGUUUGCUUGUUGACAAUGAAAUGAACACCGCAGUAUGCUUGCAAAUGUAAUGCCUCAUGAGUCUGUGUACUUAUGUCUAGUCAGUUAUACCCUUGUUUAUGUAAAUAGCAUUUUUUUUUUUUUUUUUUUUUUUAAGUAGUGGAUCAUUGUACUUGUGACCUUUUUCCUCUGGACACCAGUAGGUAAUCAAAUAGGUUUGUGUUUUGUUUUUGUUUUUUCUAUUAGAUAGUGGUCUAUUUUCUCUCACCAAGCCAUCGGAUGUAUAAGGAUCUAAUCCUGUUGAAAAGCUCUCGAAGAUGAAACAUUACACAUUCCUUUCUCCAUUGUUUCAGGUUUAUAAAGGACAACUUAAUGUGUUUGUGUCAUUUGAUAAUUUCGUCUGUAAUAAAAAAAAAAGCUUCUUUGAAUCUUAAGAGCCACUUCCUACAGGGGUUGAAGGCUGACAUUGGGAUCAAUAUCUUUAGUUUUUAGCAAUCGUCGAGUAAACUGCAGUUGGAUAUUGAAGGUCCUCUGUGCAAAAGGACAUUUUCUUUUUUGUUUUUUCCCAUUGUCCGUGGUCUGGAAGCAUCCAUCUGAUUCAUUGAGUUUUAUAUGCAACGUAUUUAGGAAUAUAUAUUUUGGUACUUUUUCAGAACAUCUAUAUGGAUUGUACAGGGAAAUAAAUCAUUGCUCAAAAUUACAGCUGUUUUCUGUAUCAAUAAAUGAGUG